AACGGAAGGCAGCCAAAAACAGUCCCAGUGAAAAAUUAAAUUAAUAGAAAAAAUAAAUUAAACCUUAAUUUGAUGAAACCACCCACCAGAAGUCUUGCCCAAGCAUGUUAAGCGUAUGAACAGAAAAUAAUUAAGGCGCGCCAGGCAAUACAACACCAAAGCCUAAACUACGCUUUAGUUUAACGAAAUUAACAAAUCAAAAAGAUUAUUAAUUAAUCUAACACCGCAAUUGCAUAAAAUUAAAAUCAAAUCAAAAAUGCCCAUUAGUAAUAUUAUAAAAAAGGCAUCUAACUUUAUACUCGGCGAGGAGAGGUCGGAUGAAAAAAUCGAUAUUUCUUACGAAGACAAUGAAAUACUUUUUUGCAAGAAUAACAUUUGCAUACAUCCGCCGACAGUGGCGCGACAGGAAUCAGAUAUCCUACACUAUCCAGGCUACUUGACAUGCACCACCAAGACCUUUAUAGAUCAGUACAAUAGCGCCAAGAGACCCACUCUGCUGCUGACUUGGAUACCAAAUAGUUCGCUGUGUAAAUGCAACUCCAACCAUACGGACGCAGAGGCGGAGGAGGUAAGCCAACGUAAUAAUGACAUAUUGCUCAGCAAUGGACAUGGCUUUCCAACCUCCCAAGUGGCAGUACCAGCGCCCAAGCUUAACGAUGAAGGGGAACGGGCCGAGGAUGAAAACGCAGCGGAAAUGCAAGAAUUAAAAAACGAAUUACAGCCGCUGCUGGGCGGACAAGCGGCUUCCAUAGGUGAUCUGACGGCGCUGCUCAAAAAGAAUCCCAUUACCUCGGUGAACAUAACCAUUUCGAAUCCACAAAUUGAGAAUAGCAACAUUUCCCAAUCUUAUAACUGCAUCAUCAGUACGCCGGAGCGGGAGAAUGUUAGUGAAAUAGGUGCUCCAGCUGCGCCACAACAACAGCUCAACUCGGAUGGUUCGCUGUCCGAUGAGAAUCCCAAUUGGAUGACACCUGAGCUACUUGCAUUCAAGCAUAAUCUAGUAUUUCCGGAUAGCGCCAAUGCCACGCCUACAGUGCGUCGCAAGGCGGUUAUCAAAGGACGUCGCUUCUCUGUAGAUCUGAGUCAGAUGCGUUCCUUGCGUCUGUUCUUCAACGAUGACAAGUGCACUUCAGGGCAACUGGUGAUAGCCUCAAGAGAAUCACAAUACAAAAUAUUGCAUUUCCACUAUGGUGGCUUGGAUCACUUGGCGCAGGUGCUGCAUCAAUGGCAUUGCUUUCUGCAUAACAUUACGCUAGCGCCCGGACAAGAGAAACUCAAUCUGCCUUAUCGUCACUUUAUGGUCUGUCGCCCCGAGGUGAAGCAAUCCGAAAUGCAUCCGGAUGAAGGCAAUGUUAAGCGCAUUACGACCAACUUCUUCUAUGGCACGCUGCUCAAUGAGAAAGGACAAAUCGAGGAUGAUUUGAUGCUGCGCAAGUGCGUCUUCUUUGGUGGUCUGGAGAAGAGUCUGCGCAAGACUGUCUGGCCCUUUAUACUCAAAUGCUAUUCCUUCUCCUCCACCUUUGAGGACAGAGCUGUGCUUAUGGAUAUAAAACGUCAGGAGUACGAGGAGCUGACACGCAAGCGUUUAUAUUCCAUGUCGCCGGAGCAACAGGUGCACUUCUGGAAAACUGUGCAGUGCAUUGUGGAGAAGGAUGUAGUGCGUACAGAUCGCACCAAUCCAUUCUUCUGCGGUGAAGACAAUCCCAAUACCGAAAUGAUGAAGAAUAUAUUACUCAACUUUGCGGUGUACAACACAAGUAUAUCCUACUCACAGGGCAUGAGUGAUCUCUUGGCGCCUGUGCUGUGUGAAGUGCAAAACGAAUCGGAAACCUUUUGGUGCUUUGUGGGCUUAAUGCAACGAGCGUUCUUCGUCUGUACGCCAACUGACAACGAUAUCGAUCACAACCUGAGCUACCUGCGUGAGCUAAUACGUCUGAUGCUGCCACGCUUCUAUGCGCAUCUGCAGCGUCAUAAUGAGGCCAUGGAGCUGCUCUUUUGCCAUCGCUGGCUGUUGCUUUGUUUUAAGCGUGAAUUUACCGAAGCUGUUGUUAUACGCAUGUGGGAGGCUUGCUGGUCAAACUAUCUCACGGAUUACUUUCAUUUGUUCCUCUGCCUGGCUAUAAUUGCUGUCUAUGCUGAUGAUGUGAUUGCUCAAAAUUUGCGAGCCGAUGAAAUGUUAUUGCAUUUCAGCUCUCUGGCCAUGUAUAUGGAUGGACAGCUGAUUUUGCGCAAGGCACGCGGUCUGCUCUAUCAGUAUAGACAGCUGCCCAAAAUACCCUGCACACUGAGUGGUCUUUGCAAGCGUUGUGGUCCUGGCAUGUGGGACUCGGAGCAUCGACCGGCGCUGGAGUGUGUGGGGCAUACCGAUAAUGAGAAGUGCGCUUUGGGUAAUGAUUAAUUUUACUGUUGUAUACCUAAAUAUUAUAAAAAAAUAUA